CUGCCACAUAUCCAGUCUCCUCUUUAGCUUGAGGAUUGGUCUCGCCUUCUCGGUGGUUGUCGUCAUCUUAACGAGAAGAGGAAUCCGUGCGGCAUCUCCUCGAAGCAUCUUCCCUUUGUUUAAAUUCUCCACCCAAUCGAUUCGCUUCCCAGGUUCGAUCUCUUUUCUCUUCUUGCCGAGAGAAAAAAAAAAAGAGUUUUUUUUCCACACGUUUUUCUGUUGCGAUGGGGAUGGCGGAUUCAGUCGAGCUUCUUUCCUCCAUCGGCGCAUUCGAGGUGUUUCUGGCGACUAAGCGGCGAGGGAUAUGGGAUCCGAGGGUAUGCGACAGUUUGCCGCACGCUUUCUUUCAAAAUUAAGCUCUUGUUACUUGUUAGGGUUUGUCAGCGUGCUUUCGAAGGAUUAUCUUUGAAACUUUUCUGUGAUUCAACUUUUCCUUCGAAGUUGUGCGUAUUCUAGGGUUUGACAGUUUGGCAGUUGUUUGAGAUUUGUGAGAUCUGGGGCCUUCUUGAGCGAAUUCUAGAGUUUACUCUUGCCAGAUGGCUGGAAAUGUUCGAAUACCUGCGCUUUGUUGCUUUCUUGGAAUAUGCUCUACUGUAGCUGGAGCGAGAGUCUUAUAGGUAUAUUUAGUGACAAUCAAAAGCAAGCACGUUUAGAUUUGGUCUGAAGUAUUAUAGAUGGUGGGAAGACAACUGAUCCUUAGGAAGGAAGCACCACUGAACCUUAGAGAGGUGGCAGCAAGAACUACUCUUCGAGAGGUUCGACAAAAGGGGCAUGCGUAUGUGGAUCUGAGACAUGCGGGAAAGCGCGCAAUUUUCUUCUGCACUCUCUGUCUCACCCCUUGUUACAGCGACACUGUGCUGUUUGAUCAUCUACAAGGAAAUCUUCAUGCCCGUAGGCUUGCAGCUGCCAAAGUUACUCUUUUUGGUUCCACUCCAUGGCCUUUCAAUGAUGGUGUUCUUUUCUUUGAUUGUUCUCUCCAGUCUAGCUUGCUGCCGUUGGGUUCAGAUAGUCAGAAUGAUAUGUCUUUAGUUGUUUAUAACAGUUCUGGAACGGAUGAUGAAGUAACAUCGCAAUCAAAAGGCAAUUCUCACAAAAACCACCAUGCUUUGAAUCUCUUUGAGAGUCGCCAUCAUAGUGAAGACCAUGUCAGUGGCCUUAAAUGCAAUGACUCCCUGAAUCCUAAGCUUAGUUUGGCUGUAAGUAGGCGUAAAACAUCUUCGAGAUCGACCUCUGCAGUCCAAAACAUGAUUUUGAAUUGCAAUUGGACUGAGAAUACUUUGGCUAUUCCUGCAGUCGUACUUAAGGAGCAGCUUUCUGACUUAGUAGUGCGACAUUUAGGGGUUGGCCAGAUUGCUUGCAGAAUUCAGGAGAACAAGGAAGCUUGCAGUAAGAUAACAAAAAUAUGGUGUGCUUGGCUUGGUGAAGGAGGAUCUGAUUUACGCAAUGAAUUGGAUGUAUCCACUAACUGUGACUUUGCGAUAGUUAGUUUCCCUUAUGCAUAUGGCUUAGGUAUAAAGCGUUCUUUGGAUGCAGAAGAACCCCCGAUGUCACCUGCUUCUUUCUUUGAAAUUGAUGAGGCUGCGCGUUCUAAGAAAAGGAAAACAAAAUCAUUCUCAGAUCAAGAGGAUUACUCAGAAAAUCUGAAUGCGUCUUGUGGGUUACCCGAGGGCAGUAAUAGUUACACAACUGUGGCAGAUGAUCCACAACAUCUCGAAAGGAGAGUUAUAUCUAGCAAGGUUGCCAGCAGGCACGAGUUGCGGAAGCAAAAACGUUUGGCUGCAGAAAGAACCUGUGACAUUUGUGGGCAACCGAUGCUCCCUGGGAAGGAUGUCGCUACCCUUCUAAAUUGCCAUACUGGUAAUUUAGCAUGCAGCAGUAGGAACACUAAUGGAGCAUUUCAUCCAUUUCACGUAUCCUGUCUCAUACACUGGAUCCUUCUGUGCGAGGUAGAGAUGUUGGCUAAUCCAAAGAAGAAGAAGAAGAACAUCAGAAGACCUUCAAGGGGACGCAAAGGCAAAGCAACCCUCCAAAAUAAAAUUUCUUCUAUCUUUUGCACAGAGUGCCAGGGUACUGGUGUGGCCAUCCAAGGAGAAGAGCUUGAAAAACCAACAAUUCCCUUGUCUGAGAUGUUCCUAUAUAAACUGAAGGCAAUCGAAGCUAACAAGGCAUGGAUGAAGCAUCCUGAAAUUCUUCAGAAAUGCUCCACUGGACUUCAUUUCCCAUCUGAGCGUGUCAGCAAUUGUGAGGAAAACGUGAAGCCUCUAAAGCUGCUGCAUUUCUUUCGGGUUGAUGGGUAGGAGAAAGCUCAAUAUGCACCAGACUCGGUGAAUCAAUUCACUUGUAAAUAUCGUUAAAUCCCUUGUACUAGUUUCCUGUAAUUUGGUUUCGUCGGUAGAAAUUUGGUAGUAACAAUCCUCUGUAACAAUAAUUCUUCACAUUGCUGUUAAGAACUAGAGCUGCAUUUCUUGCGGCAUGCACUGUGUAAAUGUUUCCAUAUUGCUGUUCUGAUUGAAUGCUAGUACUUUUACUGCAAUUUUCUGAUCGCA